AUGCCGGAACAGAAAGGAGGCCCAGAGAGGACACUGACGCCCGGUAACAUCGCCUCAACGGCUUCGCGGGUCCUGCCCCGAGCAGAAGGGCUUAGGUUGAAGAGCGCGCAGGAGACGGUGGCCCUCGUUGGCCAUGCGUGCAUGGUGGAAGACAGAUUUAAGCUGAUCGGGCUGGGAGAAGAACAUCGGACCGACAGUAGCGACGUUCUGCCUAGAGACUGGAACCUGAGCGGCUCACCACCCUACGCCUUCAGAUACUCGCACCCGUAUCAUCCGCCCUCUGAAUACCUGCUCCAGGUCAACCGGCUGGGCAGCAAGACAGUCAUAUAUGCCCUCGCCCUGUUCAACAGCCGGACGACUUCGUUUGACAUCUCCACAGAUGACUUUAUAUCAGACUCGAAACUUCCGCUAGACUCGACAGCCGCAUCGCAGGAGACUAUCUCGGGCCUCUUCGUAUCGCAGGCUCGUUUCGAGGAGCUCGUCCGACUGUUUGACGAAAAGAUCGUACAGAAAUUGAUGCCAGACCCAUCGGUAGCUCAGACGAGUGAGGGCGAGGGUAAGGAGCCCCAGGCCAGCCUACGGGAGCAAGCCGCCCAGCAGUACCCUUCUCGGGGUCCUCUGCGUGAUGACCGUAGCCCUGGACCUACUCGCCCCUAUCCGUACGAUGACCCGUUGGCCAUUCCGUCUCGUGAACCCAUACCCGCUCCUGCCGGUGACUUCCCACCGCCGCGGUUCGAGGAUGAAUAUGAGAUCAAUAGCGGGCCCCGGGGAACCUUCCCGCUCCAUGGCGGCUACGGCCGAGGUGAGAGGCAGCCUGUAAAUAUCGGCGAGAGAGAUCUUUAUCCCCAGGGUCUUGCUCCCCACGAUCCGCUACAGAGACAUCUAGGCCCGUCCCGGGGUGGUCGAGGAGGCUUUGGCGGCGGCGGAGGAAUGCACCCAACCUUCGACGACCCGAUGUUCAGUGGAGGCGGGCGAGGCGAGGAUGGUUACGAUCUGCAGGUACCGCCUGGAGCAAGGUAUGACCCCGUCGGACCAGGAGACAGUCGACCGUAUGGACGGGGCGCAGGUGCAGGCUCAGGCUCCUCCGGUUUCCCGGGAAGGCCAGGACCUGGCGGCUUCGGCGGCUUCGGCGGCGGUGGUAUAAUCUAG